AUGGCACCACCUUCGCCGCGACGGUCAUCGAGAGCCCGUAUCACCAAUUCUCAAUCUCAACAAUCAUCGGUAUCCUCAAACACGUCAGGUCGAGCCGAGCGGAACACAAGAUCUGUCGCCAAACCUUCUUCCAACAAGUCUACGCCUAGCGGCUCGUUGUCCUCGGAGCCAUUUGAAGACAUUGACGAUACUCUUCUCGGUCGAAGGCGAAAGCGGAACCAAGAAGACGAUACCGACAAAAAUUCCAAGUCCGACAACUUUGAUAUGGUGAACGGAAGCGACGACCUUCAAGAAGAGGAGGAUGAGGCUGUUCGAUGCAUCUGUGAUGCUGAAGAAUAUCCAGGUCGUCCGCCUGUUGAAGGUGCCGACUUGGACUUUUUCAAUGCCAUUGAAUUUACCGAAGAUGUUACCGGCUUCUUCGUUCAAUGCGACAUUUGUAAAGUUUGGCAGCACGGCGCCUGCGUAGGCAUUUUUAGCGCCGAGAGCUCUCCUGAUGAGUAUUUUUGCGAGCAAUGUCGCAAAGAACUCCACAAGAUUUAUACGGCAAGCAAUGGUCAAAAAUGGUCCAAAUAUGUUCCACAUAAUCGUCCGUCGCGCGCGACGUCCCGAGCUACCUCGAUCGCUAAGGAAGGCAACCGCUCACCCAAGACGGGGACGAGCAAGAGCUCGCGCCCUACUUCGGCUUCGAAAAGUUCUAAGCGAAGAUCCACAAUGAACAGCCGCGACCGUGCAUACGAAGAUGAGCAACUGUUAAGGGCCAUUGAAGCAAGCAAAGAAGAUGUGCCUCAAGAUGGAUCAGAAAUCUUGACCCGACGAGCGAAACGAGGACGCAGCGACAGUGAGGAGUCAGUAGCCGUCAAUGCUCGUCCACGGGACGACAAGUUGGCAUCACUGAGAAAUCCGAUAAGCGUCAAGCGGCAAAGAACCAGCUCAAGGUCACCUUCGCCCUCCAUUGAACCGGCCGAAGUACAGACUCACAUUGAGUCAGACGACGAAAUUAAUACUCGUAAUGGAACGAAGAGGGUCCGUAACAACAAGAACCAGCGAGCCAAGACCGAGAAGGAAGACAAAGAGCGCCAGAGACAAGAAGCCGCGGAUAAACGCAAAGGCCGCGCAGAAAGGCGACGAGGAGAGGGUAAGCUGAACGACGAUGUCUACUAUAAAGCUGAGGCUGAGACUGACAAUCGCUUAGACUCAGAUCCUGCCGAGGAGACACCCCCUGCCGCAGCCAAACCCCCAGCUACGAAGAGCAUCGAGGCACCCGUCGUUGUGGAGACCCCCGCUCCAGUAGAAACUGUGCCUGACACACCUCCUGCGAGCCAUCAACCUGUUUCAGGCACCCAGAAGCGUGGCGGGAGAACUGCUCACAAGAAAGGCAAAGGGAGGAACCAGUAUACCAGAGAUCGAGAUGGGGAAGGCGAGUCCCCAGCGCGGUCGAUGUCGCGAGACAUACAGAAGACCAGUGACGAGUCAACGCCGGCUCAUCCGAAACCAACGAGUGAACAUCGACAUGGCAAGUCAAAGCCAGUCAUGCACCAUAAGUUGAAUAUGGUGGACAUGAAACGACGUGUUGGUGCCAUCAUGGAUUUUAUCUCAAGGACUCAAGUAGACCUUGCAGCCGAGACAUUGCCAGUGACGAACGAGAACACGAGUAACGGGGAGGUGUCGCUUCAGAAGACUCUGAGUUCUGAGACUGCUGAGAAUGAAAGUACUCGGGAGUCCUCUGAGGGUACAGAAUUCAAAGACUUGAACCCCAUGGAAAUGAUGGAUGUUCUGACAAGGGAUAUGGUCAAAUGGCAGAAUCAGUAUACCUGA